CAUACAAUUUUGGUGCAAAAGAAACAACAAAAGACUGGAAAGGCGAAGGUGUCGGUGGUGCCAUCAGCGGCUGCGUUGGUGAUCAAGGCGUUGAAGGAGCCGGAACGGGCCCGGAAGAAGGUGAAGAACAUUAAGCAUAGUGGGAACAUAUCGCUUGAUGAUGUUAUUGAGACAGCGAAGAUUAUGCGAGCGAGGUCUAUGGCUAAGGAGUUGCAGGGGACUGUGAAGGAGAUAUUGGGUACUUGUGUUUCCGUUGGGUGUACGGUUGAUGGGAAAGACCUAAAGGAUUUGCAGCAGGAGAUUGCGGAUGGUGAUGUUGAGAUUCCUCAAGAUUAGAUUUAUUCAUGAUCAUCAAGGUGUUUUGGUAGGAGGGUUAUGGUUUCAGUUGUUUGUUAUUUGUUUUGUUUUGUGACUCUUGCUUUAGUUAUCUGGUUUUGUUAUAUCAUCAACAGGAUUUUAUAUGUUUGGUGUUCUAGUAGUUUUGAACUUUAA